AUGCGCAAUCUUUCUCUCCUCAAGGUUGGAGUUGCGUUUGCCGCUGCCGUCCAAGGCUUGAAUGUGUUGAUCACGAACGACGAUGGCUUCGGGACGGCCAAUAUCCGCGAGCUGUAUAAGCAAAUGACCGAUCUCGGACACAGCUGCUACCUUGUGGCGUCUGCGACCUUCGAUGUUGGCUCGGGCACUCGCCUCGACUUCACGAACAGCCCAAAGAUGACCAGAAACGGCGACUGGGAUCUCGUCAAAUCUGGUGCUCCUUCCAUCGGUCCCGACCCGGACGAUGGCCACAUCUGGUACUACAACGGCACCCCGGCUGCACAGGUCGUGGUGGCCUUGGACUACAUUCUGCCCACGUUCACCAAGGUCAAGACCCCUGACCUUGUUAUUUCUGGCCCAAACUCUGGCUGGAACGUGGGACCCUUCCUCUACACCACCUCUGGAGCCAUCGGGGCAACAUACAUGGCGAUUGAGCGUGGCAUUCCGGCCGUUGCAUUCUUCAGCGGAAAUACUGUCCCAACGCCAUACUUCUGGGUGAAUGCCAGCACCAAGGCGGGCCUCCAAGACCCGGCGACAAUCACGGCUCGCCUAGCCUCCACUCUUGUUCAAGCUUUGAUCGACAAGGCCGCUGGCUCUCGCAUUCUGCCCCAGGGAUACGGCCUGACGGUCAAUCUUCCGUACAUCACGUCAUACACUAAUGAACAAUGCACCAACCCACCCUUUGUCUUGACUCGCAUGGGUGGGAACGCUGAGGCGAAGGCCGUAUUCAACAGCAAAACUGGUCUUUUCAACCGUUCCCGCGACUCGGGAUCAGACGACAGCCAUUGUGCAAACGGCAAUUGCAAGAUACCUGCUGAGAAGGAUGUGCUCAACUCCGGUUGUAUGAGCUCGGUGACGGUGUUUGCAGUCGACUACAGCGCCCCUUACAAGUGGGAGUGCUUUAAUAUCUCGGAUGUCACUGCGCUUGUCCCUGUCAUUGUGCAGUUGAACGGGUCGACGCCGCUGGUUGGCGGCUUAGGUCCGAAUGCCUCGGUCGUCGGAAACGUUUCCUUGCCCCCGACACCAUCGCCAGGCUCAACACCACCGCCUAUGACAACCAUCUCCAGCAUUGGCGUGAGAGCUCAGUGGUCUCUGAGUGUCUUGAUGGCUAGCCUAGGCGUUUUGGCGUUCCUUUUCUAAGAAAGGCUUCUUAUGGUGGGCGCUAGAGAUUUUGGCGAUUUCGGUACCAAUAUGAGAGUACCAUAAUCAUUGCUAUUUGCUGGCCGGGCGGCCUGAAGAGCUGGAGGAAGAAGUCAAAGUGC